GCGUCUACCCAGCGCUACUCGUACAACGAUACCAUAAUAGUUAUGACUGUUAAUAUUAAUUUUUGCUGUAAACCAAAUCACCUUGAAAUAUCUCUUAAUGUGUGAUGUUGUGAAUUAACACCACUUAUAUUCCACACGAAUUAUCCGACAUAUUGCACUAGAAAAAUAUUCCAUGGAGUAAGCUAUAUUAUCCGCCCUAUCUGCACAAGAAACACCAAAGCGAAUUCUGCCAAUUGUUAUGGGUAUUACAGCUAUUUGUAUUAUGAACCGAAAAACUGUCGUACUGAUUGUGUCUUUAAUUGCGUACUGUACUGACCGGAAUUUGCCAUUCGCUCAUGCUGUAAAAUUACCACGCCUUCGUUCUGGAAAAGACGGCUUGGGCUCAUCUGCUGUUUUGGAUGUGUCUGAACCUAAAUCCUGUUGGUUGUAUCGCGAUGAGUUUUUUCCUAAUAGAGCCUUCCGUGAUAGGGUCAUCACAGACGGAGGUGUAUGCGUGCGCGACAGUGAACUUUGGGAUGGUUGUGAGCGAUUUGGACUGAAUCAUACCAAAUUCAAUGUAAAAUGUGAAAUCUGUAAUGUCCGUUCACACUCGUGCUGUUAUGGCACUAGCACCGACAGUGCAUUACCGGAGAUUUUUAAAGCCCAUGCUCUUGAAGAGCCGCCGGAGACCUGCUGCGUAUCUAAACCAACUCCCCCAUCGACAACUCCUACACCACCAUCAAGAACUACUCCACGAACACCGCAUACGGUGACACCACCAUCUGGUACGACCGAGACGAUAACGCUCACUCCAGGCACGCCCACAAUGACCCCUAAUGCCACGACGACGCCAACGCCCUCUACCACGUCUUCCACUGAUACGACCACCACAUCCAUGACGCAGACUAGCACAUCGACCACCCCGAACCAUACAACGACGAGUGGGACACUCACUCCACCAACAAGGUCGUCGACCACAUCGCGGUGGCCCACGACGACUCCUCCCACGCCAAACACGACCGUGACACCACCGAACCCUCCAACCAACACGACGAUGACACCACCGCCGCCACCAGCGCCACCCUGUAAUACGACCUCCACCACCACUUCGACUCCGCCCAACACCACGACAACAGCCACUCCACCACCCGUGACGGUACCAACGGGCUCGACCACACCGUCGUUACCACCAACCACCGGGACCGAUACAAACCCACCACCUAGCCGCACUUCGACACCGUCGAUUCCAAGCACCACCGGAACGGAGACAUAUCCGCCACCUAGCAGUACUAAGACACCGCCAACUGAAAGUACCACCGGAACGGGAACGUAUCCUCCUCCCAUUAACACCACGACACCCCCGGUUCCAUCAACCACCGGGACAGGGACAUAUCCGCCACCCAGCCGCACAACUACACCGUCGAUUCCGUCUACCACCGGGACGUUAACAUAUCCGCCUGCUUCCAGUACCACCACACCGCCGACUCCCAGUACCACCGGAACUGGGACAUAUCCACCACCUGAAAACACCACGACACCGUCGAUUCCGUCUACCACCGGGACGUUAACAUAUCCGCCUCCUUCCAGUACCACCACAUGGCCAACUCCCAGUACCACCGGAACAGGGACAUAUCCACCACCCUCCAACACAACCACACCUUCCCUACCACCCACUACCGGAACGGGGACAUAUCCAUCACCCAGCAGUACCACGACACCGUCGAUUCCGUCUACCACCGGAACAGGAACAUAUCCACCGCCUAUCCCCACUACGACUCCAUCGGUUUCCACUACCACUGGAACGGUGACAUACACGCCACCAACGGUAACGUUUACGCCAAAUAGCACCACGUGGUACACAACCACGCCGACCGAUGUUCCUCCAGUCAGUACGCCAAACAUAACCGUUAAGCCGUGCAAUGACACCCCUCCGAAUCCUCCUUUGCCGCUGUUCCCCAGUUGUGGUAGGUCGUUGGAUCCGACGUACAAUCCCGCAGUCGGCUGUUUUAUUGUGGACAUCGGACACUACAUUUCGCCAUCCUGUGACCCAGACCCGCUCCUGGACACCUUUAACAGCCAGGGCUACUCAUCGCGAUGGAGAAAAACCGUGGGGUUCCCUGCCGGCGUGAUUAUCAACGCCACUAUGGUGUUGACGGUUUCCAGCGGUGUAUUGCGUGACCCGAAAACGCGCAAGGCCGAGCCUAAUCUUGGAGUGAGGGUUGCUGAUUCCCCAAUGGACCCCAAGGCGCAGUACAGCGCGGUUAAAAGAAUCUUUUUUCAAGAUGACGACCAGCUGCGCACAACCAACCGCUACCCCGAUCGUCUAUUGGUCCUGCUGGAGCUCGAACAGCCUCUCAAUAUGCAGCGGGCCUGCCCGGUGUGCUUCUCCGAUAGGCGGCAGGAUAUACCUCUCUCAGAUGCCAGUUACUAUCGGGACCACGCCUACACCGGAAAGUGUGAACUGUACGGGUACAUCGGCUGGUCGUGGAAGGACACACAAUUUUUAAGUUAUGAGAGUGUUCCACAAGCACCCUGGGAUAUCCGUUCUUGCAUCGAUAAACAUACGGAACUCACGCAGCCUCUGCAUGCCCGCUACCUCCACGGGCCCUCCCUGACGGGAUUUUGCGCCGGUGGAUCCACACGAAGCACGGGGUGUAUGUAUGGAACUGGAGCGCCGUUGAUGUGUCGGGAUAACGCAACAGCUACACCCCGAUUGGUUGGUCUUCAGGUCGAUGCGGGAUGCUGGACGAACGAAGAAUAUGGAACAAUCGUCGAAGAUGUUAUCGAUACGCCAACCUUGGGCUGGAUACAAAUGGUCACUGACGGCAUUGCUCCCAGCGUUCCCAAGCGACCGUGCGGAGAUACCGGAUAACAGGGAUGCUAAGAACAGCAAUCAUUCGGGGUGCCUGUCAAAACUUAAACAUUAGUACCUUGUGUCAGUACUGUCUUUGGUUUAAGCUAGCACAUCGGCAUCGUAAUGCGAGGGACUUUUUAGCAGGAGCACGUUACUGGUUUAUGUUCUUGAACUUAUAGCUAAAUUUUACUAAUUAUAGGUUAGUUAGUAGCGCUGGUUUUCUGGUAAGUAUUUUAAAAUGUCGAUGCACACGUUUCGUGAACUUGUUUCUUCUCAACAAACUGUAAUACAGUAUCUCAGCAAUCUGUUACUGGAAGCUUUCUUGGUGAUACACAGAGAAACUUUCGACUCUGAUACGAAGUCCUUAAACAGUAAGAAAUAAUUAAUUUUAUGUGUUUUACUAUUAUGGUAGUCCAGGUUUUCCCGA